UCAUUAUUUCUGCAGGCAGGCGCGUAGGAAUCGCUGAUACACACGCUUUAUCUUAAAUUAACACAUUAUUUAUCUGUUUGGGUGGUUUUAUUAGCCGUAAAGUUUCUGUGCGGUUUUGGAUUUGACAUAGCCGUGGUGUUGGGGACAAAAGAUCGAGAUGAAAUAUGGAAGGCAGGCUGGAUUAGGUUUGGUUGGUGGAUGGGUAAAUCACUGUCAUUAUAGACACUUUUUUCUCUUAUUUUUUUCCUUUGCUGGCAGAGGGUUGUAAAGGGUUUCGAGUUCGAAUCACAUUCUGGUACAAAAUUGAAAUUUGGGAGUUAUAUGAGAGUCCACGAGGCUCAGGUUUCGAGUCUGCGCUCGAAAAUGCAGGUGGUUUUGUGUGGAAUUUCGUAGUCAGAGUGUGUGGAUUUGGUUUUGUUUUUGGGGCAGGAUGAUAUUGCCAUGGUUGGGAAAGUCGUCUGGGAAGAAGAGUAGUAAUGGCGGUAAGAAAGGGAGUAAGAAGAGUAUUAAGGAGAGCAGUAUUUUUGAGGUGUUCCAUUUGAGGAGAUCAUCCAAAGGGGCGAAUUCGAGGGAGGAAUCGGAUGCGGAGAGUGCGCUCCCAUCGACGUCCACAUCGACGUCUGUGACACGAUGCCAGAGCUUUUCGCAUGCCGUGCCUCUACCGCUGCCCGUCGCUGCCGCAGCUGUGGCGCGGUGCGACUCUGGAAUCAGUGUGAGUGCGAGUCAGCCCCAGUCUCUGAGAGACAGAUCUGCCCGCCUCGCCACGCUCUUGCCCUUGCCUUCGCCUGAACAGGGUAAUAACAGGCUGGAGACUGCAGAUGGAGCGGCAUCCGGGUCGGAAUCUAGCACGAGUUCGCUCGCCAGUGACGAUCCAGCAGACAGGGAUCCUUUAAAUCAUAACAGCAUGAUAUAUGCAGGUUUGAUCUCAAAGGCCGACACGAAAAAUAAGAAGAAUCGAAAAAGUAAUGAGCAACCAAAAUCUAAUGCUUCUUUGCUCAGUAAACCGCAAAAUUUGCCCGUGGCAUCAAAGAAGGGAUUUUCAUCAAAUCGAGAAUCGCUUCCCAAGCAACUCCAGAUCCCAGUUAACAGGGUUCUAGGCAAUGCAACUGACAGUUCUGCCAUGUCUAGUCCUUCUAGUCCAAUGAAAGCUUUUGUCGUAGAGCAUCAUUCACCUACUGGUGGAGGUGCUGGAGCUCCAAGGUUUUAUGUGGAUUCGGGUAUUUUCGGAUCAGGCAAUUGUUCGAGUCCAGGUUCAGGCCAAAAUUCUGGGCAGAAUUCCAUGGGCGGAGAUAUUAUAAUUGGGCAACAUUUUUGGCAGCAGCAGGGCAAAGGCAGCUCUGAGCGGUCACCUGUGCUAAGUCCAAAGAUGCGGAGUCCUGGUCCAAGUUCAAGAGGGCAGAGUGUUGCUGUUUCUCCCUUGCAUCCCCGAGCUGGCGGAUUAGGACCUGAAUCUCCUACUGGGAAACAUGAAGAUGGGAAGCAGCCGUUGUGUCACCUAUUGCCGCGGCCCCCACGAUCCCCAACCACUUCCUCUCCCUACUCUCCCUCAGCCAAAUCUUCAGGAGCACGUAGUCCAGCAGGGAAAGAAAAUCCUACAAGUCCAGCAACACGAUGGAAAAAGGGGAAGCUGUUGGGAAGUGGGACCUUUGGCCAUGUUUAUGUUGGCUUCAACAAUGAAAGUGGAGAAAUGUGUGCAAUGAAAGAAGUUACACUUUUUUCUGAUGAUUCAAAGUCAAAGGACAGUGUAAAGCAGCUAGGACAGGAGAUAGCCAUGCUUAGCCAUCUGCGGCAUCCAAACAUUGUGCAAUAUUAUGGAAGUGAAAUGGUGGAUGACACACUAUAUAUAUACCUCGAGUAUGUUUCUGGAGGUUCUAUACACCAACUACUUAGAGAAUAUGGCCAGUUUGGAGAGCCAGCUAUUCGCAGCUAUACUCGGCAGAUUUUGGCGGGCUUGGCAUACUUGCAUGAUCUUAAUACUGUCCACAGAGACAUCAAAGGGGCAAAUAUACUUGUUGAUCCUAAUGGUCAAGUAAAGCUUGCAGACUUUGGCAUGGCAAAACACAUCUCAGCACAUUCAUGUCCUUUAUCAUUUAGGGGAACUCCACACUGGAUGGCUCCUGAGGUCAUUAAAAAUAUAAAUGGCUAUGACUUAGCGGUGGAUAUUUGGAGUUUAGGUUGUACAGUCGUGGAAAUGGCUACUGCAGAGCCACCAUGGAGGCAGUAUGAAGGGGUUGCUGCAAUGUUUAAAAUUGGCAACAGUAAGGAGCUACCAGCAAUUCCUGACCAUCUCUCAGAGGAAGGCAAGAGUUUUGUGAGGCUGUGCUUGCAGAGGAAUCCUACACACCGUCCAAUAGCUGCACAACUCUUAGAGCAUCCAUUUGUGAAAAAUGCAGCACCAUUUGUAAGACUGGACCCUGGCACAAAAGCCAUGGAAACAGAGGCAUUGCCCUCAUCUGCCUGUGGCAUUAGAACUUUGAAUUCUACACAACAUCCUGCACAUUCAAGACAUCCUCUUUCAGUUGAGGCAGACCACUCAACAUCACGUUCAAGAAUACAAUCAACCUACCAGCCUUCAAGUGAUCAAUUUUGUGCACAGAGGAAUAUUUCCUUGCCAGUAUCUCCCUCUGCAAGUCCGUCGAUCCAGUCACGGUCUCCCAACUAUAGAUAUGACACCAUGUCCCCGUCACCUAUAUCAACACCAACUCUUAGAUCAGGCUCCUCAACUCCCCUGACUGGAGGUUAUGGUGCUAUCCCAUUACAGGCUAGUGGAGGUGCAAGACAGACAGUGUAUGUGCGGGAAAACUUUGGUAACAUGCCCCAAAUGAUGAAUGGAACAUACCCUAUCAGUUUUGGGGGCUAUACUGACUCUAGGCCUGAUUUUUAUGCGGGAGUGCAGGCACUUCUUACCCCAGAAGGGUCCCCAAGACUGCAGAGUCAUCUAGUUGCAGAAAGUGAUGUAAUGGGGAAAACAUAUGGUAGAGUAUUGAGAAAUGAGAAUGGACAUAGCCAAAGGCAAAAUAGUGGUCAUGGGGUGUUGGCAGAAUUUGAGCUUAAGAAACUUCAAAAAAAUCCUUCUCAGGUUGUUGGAUUUGAUUUAAGACCCGUAUCUCCCAUGCUUGGUCGUGCAAAUGGUCAUGAGCAUUGCUUGAAGGUAGUUUUGCAUCAGAAUUUGUCAACCUAGCUAGUAUCCACGACUGACCAGGGUUUGUACGGUAAUCCUGAAACUAAAAUUGUGGAACAAUGUCAGUGGCCGUAUUAAUGGGUGUGCCUGAUCAGGCUCAGCACAUGUGUUCUAUGCAAAACAAUUGGAUGGAAGCAAUGGAAACUCAACUUCUACAGUUCCUCAUCAUUCAGUAACUUUACCAGGAUAAUGAAAAUCCGCGCAACAUGUUUAUCAAGUCAAUAUAAUGCAAGUUACUAUGUGGUCAACAAACUAUCAUAAUGAGAAUUUUCUGUGACAGCGAGAAAUUGAAGAGCCAAAGAUCUCUUGCAUGUUGGAAAUGGUAACUUGGAGCUAGUUACUGUGAAUAUUUUCUGCGCUUUCCCUCGAGUGCCUUUUUGGAUAUUGGAGGCGACGUUUAUGGGACCUGAUAUUUUUUCUGCUCAACGUGGACUUAUACCACGGGCUAGCUGUUCUAUGUAAGACUGCUGAUAAAAUGUGUACAUUAGAGAAAAAAUUACCACAAAAUUAUGAGUGGUCUUUAAUUUAAAUAUUUGUGGUUGAUGACCUCAUUUCCUGAAACUUAAAUAUUUCUGGUUGAUGACCUCAUUUCCUUAAGAGUGCCUAAACUUACGGUAGGGCAAAGAGAUGAAUACAGAAUCAACAACACAUGUUAGUGUCAAAAUGAUGAAACAAACAGUCACUCAGGUGUAAGAACCUACGAAGGGUUCUCAACUCAGACAACUGAGGUUUAGUUGAACCUGUUGCGUUUCA